CCGGCCAGCUCUCCACCAAUGGAGAUGAAACGCGGUUUGAAUCUACUUUCAUUUUUGUAAAAACAAAAACAAACUGACACAAUUGUUAAAAAAAUGCUAUCAAUAUCGCCAUGUCCUUUUUCUAACAGGCAUGACUGUUCAUAAAACUGACUUAGUUUUUUACUUGUAUUCAAUUUGAAAUGAAUUUGAUCGCAUCUAAACUCUGACCAGAGUAAGAACUCACAAAAUUUAAACCAAUCUACUGCUUGCAAAAAUGAGCAGGUCUGAACACGAACUGUCAUUCAGCAAAAGCGUAAACAGUGCUGCACAUGGUGCUAACACAUCUGUAAGAAUAGAAGUCACUCAUGGUGGAUCAAAUAAGAGGCAUGUGUCCAGUAGAAUGAAUACUUCUGAAACAGUUCCACCCCAACUGCUGAUGCAAAAUGUUCGUGACAUAAGAAAACGCUUGAUGGAGACGGAAAAGACUCUAAAUAAAAUUUCCAAGGCUGAGGCCAAACUUGAAACAGAUGAUAUAGAUGACCUUAUAUCUGUGACAUCAGUGGAUUCGAGAAGAAGGGGUCCGAUAUCUGGCACAGAUUACCAUGAUAAUCUUGAAGAUGACAGAGAAAGCGUGCAGUCAGGUUUGGCAACUCUACCUGACUCCUCUUAUGCUGGAUUUGAAAGAGUUCAGCCCCCUAGUAGCACUCCAAACAGACCAGCUGCAAAAAGUCGUUUGACAGGUUUACUGGAGAUGAUAGAGUCACGGGAAGAGUCUGAUUCGUCGCCACGGGAACGUAAACAAAGUGACAUAGAAGAUGAAAGACAAGACCAUAGGGCAAAGAUUCGAUUUUUGAAAGAGGCCAACAAGAAAGUGCUGAUACAGAAUCAGAAGUUGAUGAAUGAAGUAGAAAAGACAUCAUUUGAGCUGCAGGCUUCAAGGGCAAAGGUGAGAGAAUUAAGUUAUGAGUUAGAUGAGUUCCGCCAGUCUGUACCAGACCUGGAAGAUAAGAUACUGGGACUUCAAGCCGAGACAGAAUCUCAGGACAAAGCACUCAGGGAAGCUGAAGAGAGGUAUGAGACAAGUCAGCGGGAGAUGUUACAGUCAGAACGAAAGUCUAAACAGUCUCAGUUAGAACUUGACGAAGCUCGCAGUGAACUGUACGAGGAAAGGAAGAUGAGAAGAAGUUUGGAGACACAGAGAGAUGAUGCCAUGCAGAAUUUUCUAGAAGCACAAGAUUCACUAGAAGAGUAUCAGAAGAAAACAAAUGACAGAUUAAAAAAGUAUGAAGAGAAUGAGGACCGACUGCGAGACAGCCUGUCACACGCUAACAGAGAACGUGAAGAACUCAUUGAGAGGCUGUCCUACUUCCAAAACAAGGUCAAAACUCAACAAGAAGACAUCAGACGUCUUCAGUCAUUACAGGAAGUAGAGGAGGAGAAUAAAACUGAUAUAGAAGAACAGAAUAAUGAAUUGCGCACACAGAUAUCUAAACUCACACAGAAAAUUUCAAGAUUAGAGGGAGAUUCAGAGUUAAUGGAGAGUUUACAGUUUGAGAAUGGACAGUUACGCAAAGAAGUGGAUUGUCAACAGCAGCAGUUGGCACAGUGCCAACAGGAGAUAGAAGAAAGCCGUACAAUGUUGACACAGUUAGAACAGCUCGCCCAACAAGUACAGCAGACAUACAGCAGCAGACCUUCUAGUCGUAACAACAGUUUUAGUGUAAAUGACAGUGGAAACUUCAGUCUGAGACAGGGUCCUGAUAUCUCAUCAACAGCUUCAUUCCAGAAAUCUACCGCAGGUGCCGAGUCCAACACAGCAUCUGCCAAGAGUAUACUGUCUGAUCUCAGGUUAAAAUUGGCGAUGAAAGAUGCAGAAAUCCAGAGAUUGCAUGCCAGUCUACAGGAAAGACAAGUAGAUGACCAGUCUGGUCUGAUAGAAAAUCUACGCACAGAUCUCCAAAACAUGAUAGAGAAAAAUCAGAGAAGUGCUGAACAAUCACAAGAGCUGGAUUCCAUGGUUAACAAAUUGACGGCGGAGCGAGAUAGGCUGAUGUCACAAGUGAAAGAUUUACGUCGUGAGAUGUCGGAUAGAGACUCUGAGAACUCAUCAUUUGAGCUUCGUAUCAAUCAGAGAAACUCACAGCUUGUUGAACUGCAGGAACAGGUCAAUGACAAGGCAAUAGAAGUCACAAAACUUGAUAGAAAGUUGCGUGAUAAAAGCAGUCGGAUAUCUAGCCUUGAAGAACAACUACAGGAGAAAACCUCGCAGUGCACGCAUCAAGCUUCUAGAAUCAAGCAUCUAGAGGAGGAGAUCACAGCACGUGAAGAUGAGGCUCAGGCACUGCACAAGGAAUUGAGGGAGAAACAGGGUGGGGUAGAUAUUGCCCAGGAGGAGAGAGAGAGGAUACAGAAAAUACAUAAAGAACAGUGUCAGGACUACCAGAAACAGAUUGAAAUUUUACAAGAGAGAGCUGAGAACAAAGCUAGCCAGGCCCUGGAGUGGGAGAAGCAGACGGACAUUUUACGGCGGGAAAUCUCAGACAAGAAUCAUUACCUACAUGAAACAGAACAGGAACUUGCCAGAACAAAGAGUGACCUGAAGGAGAAGACAGAUCAGAGUCGAGAUAUUUUACGUGAGUUAGAGUCACAGUCCAGAGAUAGUACAGAGCAGAUUAAACAACUGCAGUCAGCAUUGAACAUGUGUAAAAAGGAGAUCAGAACAUAUAUAGGUGCUCUCGAGGAAUCAAAGGAGUUCUAUGACAGGGAGAUCAAGGAGAGGGAAGAUAAGAUAAACCAUAUGAGUAAAGAAAACAAGGUGAAAGGUCAUGAGUUGGAGGUUAAGACACAGGAAUGUGAGCAGCUAGAGAAGGAUGUCCUCGAGGCACAGAGUAUGUUACAACAGGGUACAUCACGUAUACAUGAACUCGAGGAAUUCCAGGCCCAGCUACAGGAACAGAUAUCCAACUUAGAGCACCAGUUACUGACGGGCAACACUCAGUGGAUGAGUGAUCAACAAACAAUGGAGACCAAACUAAAACAGGCUUGUGAAGAUUUAGAACUGAAAACUAGUCAACUUAAGGAACUCACUAAAACUCUCAAGCAUGUAGAGGAAGAGAGAAGCAAGUUGUCAACAGAGAUAGAACUGCUGGACUCGCAGCUACAUGAUGAACAACAAGAUCAGGAAGUGAAGACUGAACGUGUCUCCAAACUGGAGAGAGAUCUCAGAGAUAUAAGGGUGCAGUUAGAACAAAAAAUUGAACUUGUGACAGAUUUUGAGGACCAGCUUCACCAGAAGAAUGCUGAUAUGGAACAGCAGUUACAACUUGUCACUGACCUUGACAUUGAAAUCAAGAGAUUACAGGAUAUGCACCAGGAUUCUCUAGAGAGGAUUGCAGACCUGGAGAAGCAGUUAGAUCGUGCUGGGUACGAGGCAAAGGCGAGGGAGGAAAUGAUGGAGGAUAUGAAAGAUUCUCUUACGGCUACACAAGAAGAAUUAAGCAUAAAGAAAACUGAAGUAGAAAAUCUCAGGGAGUUGCUAGAACAAAGACAAGAAGAACUGGAUGAGAGAGUUGCCUUGGUGAACCAGCUGGACCAGACAAUCAAGGAGCAGCAUCAAGAGAUGGAACAUAGAAUACAGAAACUCGAUUCUAACGUCCGUAAACAGGAAACUGAAGUACAUGAAAGAACAAAACAGAUAGGUGACUUGGAUGACAAGUUGCAGCAGACACAGGCACAGCUGAGGGAGAAAACACUUCAACAUCAACAGUCAGAACAAAUCUGUCAAAAACAACAAUUAGACCUCAACUCAAAGUCUGCAAAACUGCAAGAACUUGAAACACUUGUAGAAAGACAGAAAAUGAAGUUAGAAGAACAGAAGAAUGAAAAUGUGGACAUCACUCAGGAAUUAAGACUUACCAGGGAGCAGUUACAACAACAACACUCAGACUUCAUGGCGACUCGCCGAGAAUUAGCACAUGCAAAUAGAGAACAUGAGAAACUUACCAGAGAACUUGAAGAAUUAAGGUCCAUACUUGAAUCUCAGGAAGGGGAUGCCGCACGUCUGGCAGAAGAACUUGGAGCAGCCAAGGUGAAGGAGAAAGAUGCAAAAUCUCGGAAGGAACAGGAGUUACGGAAACUCUCAGAGGAACAUGAUGAUCUUACAGUGAAAUACCAGUCAGAAGUAAGUGCUCUGAGAGAAGAGAUUGCAGACUACCGCGAGGCCAAUGACAUUCUCAAGGCACAACUGAAGAAGAAAUCCAAGCAGCUGAAUGAGAUGGAGCAACAUUAUGCUGAUCAGGUUCAGGUAGCAGCUCAGGAGCUUGAUAAUAUCACCGAGGAAGUUCAAGCUAGGAAACUGCAGAUGGAUGCUUCUAAUGAACAGAUUAUAAUGAAGGAUUCUGAGAUAGCCCGUCUUCAGGCUAAAAUUUCUGGUUUAGAGAGAACAUUGUCAGCUAUGAGAAUAUCUGAGAGUUUCAACAUGACGACACCUGGAAGCAGAGAUUCUGAUAUAGGGACAAAAGAACUAGUCAGUUCAAAACAAGGCCGAGCCAGUAAUGCUAGAAAUAACGAAAUUAUUCUCACGGAUGUAUCAGUGACACUACCGAACAAUGAAGUAUUAACUCAGACUGUAGAAUUUGGACAGGAAGUUGAAAUUCAGUAUGUCACCAAGGGAGAUAAAAACAACAGCAGUGGUAGCAAAAGUAGACUGGAAACAGACCAGGAAAAUAUAGAACCUUCAGGACCAGUCAGGGUGCUCAAUUUUAAUGAAAGUGAUGAGAAAAGUAGUCAGAAUUCUGGUAUACAUAGACCAAAACCAGUUUUACCAAAUGGUGCUUACAAAAAAUCUAAAGACACUGUACUAGAUGGGUCUUCAAAAGAAUCAAAUGGGGACAGAAAACAACAAAAACAGAGUGCAUUUGCUAGAGUAGUGAAAGAUAAGAAACAAAGUAGAGAUGAAAAGUCUUUUCCAGGAGAAAAAGAAUUAGAGCCAAUAACAGCCAUGAGAUUGUACAAUCCUGACAACUUUGAUAUAAACACCGCUAAUGUGGAUCCUGAACAAUGUAUGAGAGAAUUGCAUAAGAGAUUGAGGGCCAAUGAACUACGUCAACAGGACAUUGAUCGACAGUUACAGCAUCUGGAAGAUGAAGAUAUAAAUACCUGAUAGUUGUGAAUUUAGUUCCAUGAAAAUCGUUACAUUUUUAAGGAUUGCUUUUUUGAUCUGGUCAUUGUGGCAGUGUAGACUGUAGACUUGGUCAGAUGUAAUAAAGUUUUCCUCCAUUUUCAUACAUCGCGAGAUAGAUAGAUGCCACAAAUUUCGCCAUGUUUUUAAUGCAUUUAUUAAUUAUUUAGUUCCAAAAUUUGUAAAUGUUAAAUAGUGUAUGUUUUAAAUCCAAAGUGUUUUGUAAAAUUAUAAUGUAAUAUGUAAUGGAACACUUAGUUAUAAGUAAUUAAUGUCGGUCAUUUACAGUUGAAUAUAUAUUAAGCCAAUACUGUUUACUGCUGUUUUUACUGUUAUAGUAUUGAUAGUACUGGACUGUUUGCUGAAACUGUAGAAUUGCUUGUCUGACACCUGUUUGGAAAAUAAUUAAAUACCUUUUUUGUUACAGUAAGUUACAGUAACUGUUCUUUCUAAGCUUUGUAAAUCUCUUUCGUUAAAUUAUCAAUAAUUUCAAAUGAUAUUAUUGUCAUGAGUGUUGCUAUGGAAACCACAAAGCAUAUGCUGAAAAAAGAUGUCUGCUCUAAAUGAUUUUGAAUGCAGUAGGAAAUAAAGAACAUGUUUUCUUGAAUCUUGAAUAGUUUUCAAGAAUAUGUACCUCAUCAAGAACGUACGUCGGUUUUGUAAUUUCGUCUGUGAUAGCUUUAUGUUUGUCCUUUAUAGAUUUCUGUGUUAAGGUUAAUAAAAUCAUAUGUCUCGAAGUGAAAGUCAAAUAUAAAUUUUUUUUAUA